CGCAGCCAGGCCGGAGUCCCCCGCGCGCGCGGCCCGGGCCGCUCCCUCCCGCCAUGGGGGCGUCGGCGCGGCUGCUGCGCGCGGUGAUCAUGGGGGCGCCGGGCUCGGGCAAGGGCACCGUGUCGUCGCGCAUCACCAAACACUUCGCGCUGAAGCACCUCUCCAGCGGGGACCUGCUCCGGGACAACAUGCUCCGGGGCACAGAAAUUGGUGUGUUAGCCAAGACGUUCAUUGACCAAGGGAAGCUCAUCCCAGAUGACGUCAUGACUCGGCUGGCCCUUCAUGAGCUGAAGAGACUGGCGCAGCACAGCUGGCUGUUGGAUGGUUUUCCAAGGACACUUCCACAGGCAGAAGCCCUGGAUAGAGCUUAUCAGAUAGACACAGUGAUUAAUCUGAACGUGCCCUUUGAGGUCAUUAAGCAGCGUCUCACUGCGCGCUGGAUUCAUCCAGCCAGCGGCCGCGUCUACAACAUCGAAUUCAACCCUCCCAAAGCUGUGGGCAUCGAUGACCUGACUGGGGAGCCUCUCAUUCAGCGUGACGAUGACAAGCCAGAGACAGUUGUCAAGAGACUGAAGGCAUAUGAAGUCCAAACUCAGCCGGUCCUGGAAUAUUACCAGAAAAAGGGUGUGUUGGAAACCUUCUCUGGAACAGAAACUGACAAGAUCUGGCCUUAUGUCUAUGCUUUCCUACAAACAAAAGUUCCACAGAUGAACCAGAAAGCAUCAGUUACUCCAUGAGGAAAAGUUCACAUGACCAGUAAAACGAGCAGGGAUUCCUCGCCUGUGCAUUUAGAAGCUCCUUGUUCUGAGACUGGCAUGUAUGAAUUCUUUGACAAUUAUACUAGUUUCACUUCCACUGAUUUUAUUUUGGAAACUAAGGAUGUGUCAAAUGAGUCUGAUACUAAGAUACUUCUUUUGGUCUAGUGUGUUUUACCCAGAUACCUUCUAUCGGUGUGCAAUUAAAAAAGUAUCAGAUGUCUUAACUUUGGAAAAAUCUUCUAGAAGAUAAUUAAAAGAGUAAUCGGUAGUCGUGUAACUUUUGUUCAGAAAAGUGGUUGAUAAAAUUUUCUUAUUUUUCUGGAAAAGCUAAAAAAAAAUUUUCACAUCACUUGGUAAAGCAUCUUAUUAGAGAAAUGUGUGUAGAUUGAUGCCAAAAACCCCAGCAUUGUUAGCACUGUGGUACAUGGUUUUGUGAGACACUAUGUCUUUCAAAUUCUAGAAAACAAACAACUACGUAUGCAGAUUAGCUUCAGGAUCCAAAUUCACUGCUGCCUUUACACUAAGAAACUUGUAAGCUUGGCCAUAUAUACUGUAUUUAUUGUGUUGUUAAACCUUCAGUUUACUCAGAAUUUUCAGUCUGCUAUAAAAUUAUAUUACAUCAGCAUAUAGGAGAAUUCUCAGGUUAAGAAAUAUGUGCUUUAGGAUCUACUUGCCCAUUUCUCAUUUUGAUCACUGUGUAAGAUCUCAUGAGUGAUGAGUAACAAAGUACGAAAAGAAAAGAAAACCCAUGGUCCUGAGUACAGCAAGCAUUCUUGGUCCUCAGAAGUAGAAUCAGGUACGCCUGGGGAGAAUUCCCUGGACACAUAACAACCAAUUAGUAAACAAUCAGAAUUAGUAAACAAUCAAAUUAGUAGCAGUUAAAAGGGUUUCCUAAUCCCAUUGCUGAUCAAAGCAGUGGACACCUGCGCGUGUCCCCACCACCUCAACUUUGGGCAGGGAGAGCCCUCUGCCUGUGUGGUACGUUAGGUAGCCAUUUAAAAGUGAAGAUGAUUUUCUCUCUUAGUGAGGCAACACGGAUGCAGGCUUCUGUCCUGUGGCCUGGUAAGAAGAGUGGGGCACGGAGAGGUGGAGGAGAAACGCAACGACAUCUUCACUGGCCUAUUGACUCUUCCUCGGUGCUAAAACCAGUGCGACGAGUCCUCGUUCAAGCUGUUAAUAGCUGCCUUUGAACGUCUGGCGCACGUUAUCCCGGGCACUUAAAGUGAAAUACCAGCAAGUGGUUAUGUAUUUUGUGGGGGGAAAACCUUUUCUUUUGAUUUUUAAAAAUUUAAUGUUGAUCUUUCAGAAAGGACCAAGGCUUUAAAAAAGGAUUAUAGGACACAUUUAAUUCUUUACAAAACUUUCUGUAAUGCCUUACUUGAAUGUUAAUGUGCUUUCUAAAACUGUUGUAAAACUAGUAAGCUCAUGAAUUAUCACUGGGUUACCAGGCAUACAUGAAUAUUAAUAUACUACAAUAAAACUAUCCUUGAGAA